UUCAGUGAAGACUGUGGAACUGUUCUUCCUUGACUUCUCCUUGGUGAGAUCAAGUAUGGAACAUGCUCAAGAACAUGGAGCACAUCUUGAGCAAACCCAGAGGUAUUAUGUAGAGAGACCAAUAUAUAACCAGGAGUUCUUGCAAGGACAGCUGCACAGACGAGAAAGAACACCUCAGACUCUAAGGCAGAAGAUUGCACAUUCUUGUCGUUGUUCUUCUAAGAAAGCCAAGUCUCACCUUUACAGUUUCUUACCAAUUUUAAAAUGGCUUCCCCGUUACCCCGUGAAGGAGUACUUAUUAGGAGACAUUAUCUCAGGUAUAAGCACUGGGGUUAUGCAGCUUCCUCAAGGUUUAGCCUAUGCUUUGCUGGCAGCUGUUCCCCCAGUAUUUGGCCUAUAUUCUUCAUUUUAUCCUGUCUUUCUGUAUACUUUUUUUGGAACCUCCAAGCACAUAUCAAUAGGCACCUUUGCUGUGAUUAGUAUGAUGGUUGGUGGCGUUGCUGUGAGAGAAGUGCCUGAUGAAAUUAUUUCUGUAGGCUAUAACUCUACUAACAUCACAGACUCCCUUGAUUAUUACUCUGCUAGGGAUGCCAAGAGGGUACAGGUCGCUGUGACUCUCGCCUUUCUUUCAGGAAUUAUCCAGUUGUGUUUAGGUUUCCUUCGAUUUGGAUUCGUAGCCAUCUAUCUAACGGAGCCUCUGGUGCGAGGAUUUACCACUGCUGCUGCAGUUCAUGUCUUUACUUCUCAAUUAAAGUAUCUCCUCGGCAUUAAGACUAACCGAUACAGUGGGCCCCUCUCAGUUGUAUAUAGCAUAGCUGCUGUGCUUUCAAAAAUAACAACAACUAAUAUUGCUGCAUUGAUUGUCGGAUUAACGUGCAUUGUUCUAUUGUUGAUUGGCAAGGAAAUCAAUCUAAGGUUUAAGAAGAAGCUCCCAGUUCCUAUUCCUAUGGAGAUCAUUGUGGUAAUUAUUGGCACAGGAGUUUCAGCUGGAAUGAAUCUGAGUGAGUCAUACAGAGUCGAUGUUGUUGGGAAUAUUCCUCAAGGGUUACGUGCACCAGCAGUUCCCGAGAUUCAGCUCAUCCCAGCAAUAUUUGUGGAUGCAAUGGCAAUAGCAAUAGUUGGAUUUUCAAUGGCUGUAUCAAUGGCCAAGAUCUUUGCCCUUAAACAUGGUUACACCAUUGAUGGGAAUCAGGUAAAAGUGUUUGGGUUGCUUUGUUGA